CUGGAGUUGAUGACAUGCAACUAGAUCGAGAACAAGCUGCAGCCAUUCCUCCUCCUAACUCUGCAGCCUUAGAAGCAGAGAGAUCAGUGGAUCCUUCAGUUCAGAAGGAUUCAACUAUUCCUCGUGUGAUUCAGCCUGUUUUGAAUGAGACUUCAACACCAAAGUUUCAAGGUGUAGAUGUCCAUCCUGAACACCUCCCUAUUUUGCAAAAGAUUUGGAUGAAGCAUGGAGAUGUUCUUAAAGAAAGUAAAAUUCGUAGUUGCGACUUUAUAGCAACGACAUUGGCUUCUUUGGCAAAAUUGAUACUAAUUCUUCAAACAAACUCUGGAAAGACAUUGACUGAUAAUCAAGCUCAUUACUUGACUUCAGUACUGUCCGAUCUGCAGUCAGUGUGUGUUAAAGUGGAUUGGUUGGUUCCCUUUGUAGAGAAGGCUUUGGCAUUGCACAAAAGGAAGCUACUAGAUGCUGCUUUGGUGGAGCUUGAAAAGGCCAAAGCUAAGGUUGAAGAGAUGAACCGAAAGUUCCUCUUAGAGAUGAUGAAAAUGAAGCAAGGAUUCAGUUCAAAUAAGAAGCAGAUUGUUUCCAAGAGCAUAACGGCAUGCGUACCAAUAGAUCAAGAUAAAUGCCUUGGAGAGGGAUUGUUCUGAUUUCUUUGUAUUGUUGAAUCACUAAUUCUUAAUAUGCAAAAAAAAUCAUAAUGGGCGCUAAGACAUGAGCAUAUUAGUAGUGUUUCAUGUAUUGUUGACUUGUUUUUGGUUUGUGAAGACUGACAAAAGAAAGUAUUGAAACAAAU